AUGUCUGAACAAACCUAUCACGUCACCAGCGAGGACGUUCGCAAGCUCGAGGCUCAAGAGUCGAAAUACCACGACGGCAAAACACCCCAAGACUCCGAUGUCUCUGCACUAAAGCAACUCCUAUCCGAGCAAGAAUCGAAGCAAGACCAAAUCGACCGCGUGAAAGCGAAGCUGCCACUCCCAGAUCAGCCCGUGGGCGGCGCCUCUGCUGAUCUCCAGUCUGCCGACCAACGGACCGUGAAUGUUGGGAGUGGCGGCGUCAAUGUCAAGCUCGGGACGCAGAGCAGCAACGGUCUGAGGGAGCCGGCAACUGCUGAGAGCUCUGCAAGGGUUGAUGGUGAGGAGUUUAAGAAGCAGACUGCGCCAUGA